AUGGUACCAGAAUUACUCUCAGCCCUGUCUUACAGGCACAUGAUAAUUCACACAAAUAUUAUUGGUCAAAUUACUGGAUCAACUGAUAGAUUGCAACACUUUGAUGGGAUGGAGCAUGACCUGGCUGAAGAAGAAACAAAAGUUGAUAGUGAUAAGAUGAUCUCCCUAGUGAAUUCUUUAAGUUACUGUAACUAUGUUCAUAUUGAUAGGGUAGGCCUGGCUAGUGGCCCAAUUUUAAUGCGGAAAGAUGAAGUCCAUUGUGAAGUUCAAGAUGUCUCAAAUAAUAUGAUGCAUGUAGUCACUAAAAUAGAUCCUAGUAAACCAAAUGUUCUUAUUACUUUUAUGUAUGGUUCCACGUAUUUUGAUAAGAAAAAAGAACAAUGGGAUUUUUUGUUAAGAAUUAUUGAAAACAUCAUGCAACCUUGGUUAGUAAUAGGUGAUUUGAAUUUCCACAUGCAUGAUUUAUUUGAAGCUAUGAACUAUUCUAGUGAAGAUAGGUAUGUUCAAGACAAAAUGAAUAUCUUUGGUCUCAUGGAUAUUGGUUACAGUGGUAAGCAUUACACUUGGACCAGUAACAGUUUUGGAACUGGCAGUAGAAAGUCUAGAAUUGAUAUGGCAAUAGGCUUUCAAUUGAUUACUAAACAACAUAGUACAAGGAAAAGACUUUCUUACUGGAAUAAAAUUGAGUUUGGAGACAUUGAUAGAAAUAUCAAUAACUUACAAACUCAACUUGAGGUAGCCCAAAAUGAUCUAAAUCAUGUCUCUCAACAUGAUAACAUUGUUACUCUCACUAGAAAGCUAGAUGAAUGGUUUAACAUUAAGGUUGAUUUUUAUAAACAAAAAUCUGGAGACACUUUCGCCACUGAUAUGGAUCAAAAUACCAAAUAUUUUCACGCUAAUAGGAGAAUGUUCAGGAAAAAUAUUGAGUGCUUAUGUGACAAUAAUGGUGUUUGGUAUAAUGAUGAUGAGGAUAUUGCUAGUAUGCUUGUCAGCCAUUUUGAGAAGGCCAAGAUGUUACUAAUGUUGUUCAAGGUUUUUUUUGAAUAUGGUUUUAUGCCAGCUGCUUUCAAUAAAACUUUUCUUAGUUUGAUUCCUAAAACUGAUAAUGCUACUAAACUUGUGGAUUUCAUACCUAUAGGCUUAUGUAACACUAUUUAUAAGAUUAUCUCUAAGAUAAUGGCUGAUAGAAUUAAACCUCACUUAAAACAUCUGAUAUCUCCCUAUCAAGCAACUUUUGUUCCAGGUAGAGAUAUACAUGACAACAUUAUUGUAGCUCAUGAGAUGAUUCAAACUAUGAAGCACAAUGAAGGACAAAGUGGUACGAUGGCUCUAAAACCUGAUCUUUCUAAAGCCUUUGAUAGAAUAGAAUGGCCUUUCUUGAUAGGAAUCCUAAGAAGUUUUGGUUUUGAUGAGAAAUUCUGUGGCUAUAUAAAUCAGUGCAUUUCUACUACACAUUUCUGUUCUCUUAAAUGGCUGUUAUUAAAUGCUGAAACUAAAAAUCAAAUUUCAGGAGUUAAAGCAGCUAGGAAUUCUCCAGAUAUUACCCAUCUAAUGUUUGCUGAUGAUAUUCUCAUUUUUGUUCAAGCUGAUAUGCACAAUGUUGUUGGUAUUAUGAAUAUUCUUGCUUACUUUGGAAGUAUUUAUGGUCAAAUGCUCAACUUAGAUAAGUCAAGUGUUUACUUUAGUCACAAUCUUAGUCCUAGUUCUAGAGAUAUUCUUGCUAUUAAAAUGACUGAAAUGAUGGACAGUGAUACUUAUUCGGGUGUUACUUUAUUGAUAGGGAGAAACAAGAUCAAAGCUUUUACGUCUCUGAUUCAAUCUUUUGGUUAUAGACUUAAGACUUGGAAAGGAAAAACUAUGAAUCAUUCUGCUAGAACUGUCAUGGUUAAACAUGUUUUAAAUACCCUGCCUACUUAUCAGAUGGGUUGUUUUAGAAUUCCUAAAACUAUGAUUGAUCAAAUGGAUACUAUCCAAACACAUUUUUGGUGGGGACAUAGUAGUAAUAGAGCUUGUAAUGAUGAAAAUUCCCUUUGUAUGCAAAUUGUUAGAGCUAAAUAUGGUAAAAAUGGCAGUUUGCUCCAUCUAGAUAAGUUAAAAGAUGAUUCUUCUUGGCUUUGGAGAAGUAUUUAUGCUGGUAUUGAGAUUGUGCAACAAUACUCUAUGUGGAUAGUUCAGCUUGGCACAAAAAUUAAUAUAUGGCUUCAUAAUUGGAUUAUUGGAUUCAAUAGUCCACCUGUCCCAAUUGUGGGUCUUUCUAGCCUUUUAUCUUACACUUUAGUUUGUGAUCUUUUUUUACCUGGUACUAGAAUUUGGAAUGAACCGCUUAUCAGUUCUAUCUUUAAUCAAGAUACCUCAACUGCUAUCCUAAAUAUGCUUAUUCCUUCUACCGGAGAAGAUUAUCUGAUUUGGAAACCUGACAGGAAGGGUAAAUUCACUGUUAAUAGUGCUUACAAUACUCUUUGUGCUAAUUCUGUUAACAAUUCCAUUGCUGGUGAUAACAUUCCUAAGGAUGUUUGGGAACAACUGUGUCACUAUAGAGUUCCUCAUAGUGUACAACUCUUUGUCUGGAAAUGCUUAAAGAAUAUUGUUCCUGUUAGAGACAAACUUGCUAGUUAUAACCCUGAAAUAGAGCCCUAUUGUAAAUUGUGUAAUCAUAGUCCUGAAACCAUUAACCACUUGCUGGUUGAAUAUGACUAUGCUACAACCAUUUGGAAUGCUUUAAACGUUGAUAUUACUGUUGUUACUCAACAUUUCAAUUCUUUCCAGGCUUGGGUAAUAUCUUGGUUCAUUACAGGAAAUGCAGUAGGAGUUAAAUGCUUUCAAUUGGAGGAAGAGGUAGAUCCAGAUGUGAGAGCUGAACAUUUUGAAUGCAAAGCUCUAGUCAUGGCAGUAGAUUGGAUGGUGGAGUGUGGUUUUGAGAAAGUAAUCUUUGAGAUGGACUGUGCGAAUGUGGUGAACUCUAUUAACAGUGGGGAAUCCCAAAUGCACUGGUUUAAUCAACAUUUAAUUUCUGCAAUCAAGAACAAAAUUUUCAGUAAUAAUUUCUGGCUUUGCAAGUUAGUCAAUAGGGUAAGAAAGGCUAGACUUGAGGCACUAAAUUUCAAUUAUGAUUCUAAUUUUCCUCCUGAUAUCACCAAAUAUAUCGAGGAAGACUAUGUCUUUUACAACGUACAAAUCUAA